UAUUUUUUUUUUAUCUUACUGUCAGUUUCAGUUGAAUUUCUAUUCGAGCAACAAAAAAAAACUUAAAAACUAAACAUGGGUGUCCCAGCUGGAGAUGUUGAAAAGGGUAAGAAGCAAUUUGUGCAAAAGUGCGCGCAAUGCCACACUGUCGAAAAGGGAGGAAAACACAAGGUUGGCCCAAAUCUAAAUGGACUUUUUGGUCGUAAAACGGGACAAGCAGCUGGUUUCUCCUACUCAGAAGCAAACGUCAAGAAAGCUAUUACCUGGAAUGAGGAUACACUCUUCGAGUAUCUCGAAAACCCCAAGAAAUAUAUUCCCGGAACGAAAAUGGUCUUUGCUGGCAUCAAGAAGGCUAAUGAACGCGCUGACUUGAUUGCAUACUUGAAGGACGCCUGCAAGUAAAUUUCAUGUCGAAUAUCGUGUUUAAGGAACUGUUAAAAAUAUUGUUGACUAUCUGAAAUAAAAUUAAAAUAAAAAAACUAGAA